AUGUCUUUCAAAAUCGGUCAACUGGUUAAGGUGAAAGAUGAUUCUGGUGUAAUAAAAUUUAUUGGUACCACUAGUUUUGCUCCGGGAACAUGGUUCGGUAUAGAAUUACAACAUCCACGAGGUAAAAACAACGGUUCAGUACAAGGUGUGAAAUAUUUUGAUUGCAAGCAAGAUAGUGAUGGUGGAUUUUAUGGUGUAUUUGUAAGAGAGAGUAUGUUGAAUCAUGGAGAUGUAACAAGUGACAAAGAUGCUUCUCAAUUGAAUCAAAUCAUACUAAAAUUACAAGCUAAACUCAAAGCUGCAAGUAAUGAAUCAGCAGAAUAUCGAAAUAAUUUCAUGGCUUUGCAAUCAAACUUUGAAAAGAAACUAGAGAUUAUAUCAGAUUUACAAGCAAAGUUGGAAAUGCAGAAUGUGAAUAAUGAUUUCUUACAGGUGGUAAAACAAGAAUUAGAGGAUAAAAUACAGGAAUGGUCUACCAAGUACAAUGAGUUGAGUAAAGAGUUUGAACUUGUAAAAGAAGAAUUAGAGGUUACUCGAGAGAUUGAGAAAGAAAUUGAACUUGCUAAUGUGGAUGAGUUUACUUCAAGAGAUAUUCAAAUAAUAGUUGAACGUAAUCGACAAAUGGAAGGCACAGUAGCAUUGUUGACUGAAAGAUCUGAAACUACCGAAAAGAAGUUACGAGAAGAAUUGAAUGAUUUACAGAAACGAAUCACCAAUAAUGAAGAAGUUGAGAAAAAAUUGACAAAGGCAGAGUCGACUAUUCUUAUUUUGCAAGAAAUGAUUGAUACAUUUGCUGAUAUGGAGAAAAUGGUCGAGAGGUUGACUGUAGAGAAUGAUGAAUUGAAUAGCAAAAUCAAGAAUUUGUCCACCACGAUCAAUGAAUUUCAUGAAAUUCAGGAAUUGGAUAGAAAUUUGGAAGAGGAUAUGAGACAGAUAGAAUCUGGAUUGAGAGAAGAGAUUGAGAGCUACAAAAGUUUGAUCCAUGAAUACGAAUUGAAAAUUAAUCAGUUAGAGAAGGCUGCAACCAAACAGAAACAAGAAGUAGAACUGCAAAGUUCCGGAAACUCUUCUCUGAGAACCGAUGAAGCAGAAUUGAAUGCGUUAAAACAAACAAUUACUGAUCUCAAGAUAAAAUCUCGAUCCGAUUCCGUGCAAUUGAAAUUGAUCAAAAAUAGAUACGAGGUUCUUCUCAGAAGAAGAAUAACUAAUGCUGAUGUGUCGUUUGGCAAAUUGAUGGGGUUGAUUGUAAGUUUAAAGAUAUACAAUCUGGAUUUGGUAACAUUAAAUCAAACUCUCCUGGGAAACAACUUGCAUCUGAAAGUUGUCAGUAUUUUUCUAAUAUAUUCCAGUGAAUUUUUUCAACUGUUGGUUACAAUACUAGAAUGCAAUUAUAGCACUAAUAAUAUUGAUAGCAUAAUUUCUGAAAUAACAACCGAGUUAGAUAAAUUGACUUUAGUUUUUGAAAAGGUUAACACAAUAUUACUGAGUGAUGAUUUAUCACAAGGAGUUUCUCCAGAAUUGCAACAAAAUCUAGGAAAUAUCUAUCUGUUCAUUGAAAAAUGUGUUGCUGUUUUAGAUAUUGGUUUCCAUUCUUCAGAUUUUGUCUUUGAAACACGUGAGUGUUUCAGAUUUAUGAUGUCAAGCAACAAGUUGAAGAAUGCAUUUUUGGAAAAUGUCUGUGUCUACGUGAAAUCACGCUUAGAUGAUACCCAAAUGAAUUUUAUGGAUACCAUCGAUGCUAUAGUGAUGAUGAAUGAAGAAUUCAAAACCAAAUCGCAUCAAUUGUGUCAAAAGUAUGAUUUAUCAGAAAAUAUCGAGUUUACGUCUCAAAGCAUUAAUUUUGCACAGCAAAUACAAAUUAGCUCAAUAUUGAGCGUUUACCAGUUAGUAAGUGAUGAUAACUUUGAAGUCACCAGUAACCUAAUAGAGGAGUUGGAAAAUCUAUCAGCUUUGAUGAAUAUUGAUUACGAUUUUCAAGUUGAGAAACCAGCUGUAAGUGUAUCCACAGUUUAUGAAUAUAGACCUGUUGUUGAAUCGUCAAAUGGACAUAACAACUCGGAAGCUCUCAAUGAACUUCAGGAUGUUAUCGCACAGAGAGAACGUGAAAUCAACGACUUAAGGCUAAAUAUCAAUCUAUUGGAGCAAAACAUGCUGUCUUUGGCUUCCCAGAGUUCUUCAAAAGUAACCGAAUUGAAUCAAAUGUUGAAGAGCUUAAAGGCUCAAGAAGAAACCCAUCUUGAUCUCAUUGGUAAAUUACAGCAAGAGAAGAAAGAUCUAUUAAAAGAGCUUGAUAUCGUGGAAAAAAAUUCAUCUAAAACUAUUGAGUUUGAAAACUUGCAAUCUCAGAAAGAGUACAAUGAAAAGGUUUCAAUUAUUGAAAAGAUUACUCAUUUAAAGAAUAUAGCUAAAAGAAAUGAUAGUUCAGAGGAUUAUAGCUGGUUAGAGGAUAAUUACAACACCAAGAAAAUUUGGAAUGAUUCAACACCAUUGCAACAGUUGUCAAGGGACUUGCGUGAUUUGGCUAUGGAUAUUAAACCGGUACUUGUUAACCCAACCAACAAAUUUGUGUGGAAAAAACUGACGCAACAGCCAACGUUUAUUAAUCUUAUCAUUGAAGAAAGGUAUGCAAAAUAUAAUUCUAUAAAGUCUAAUUUAUUUGAAGAUCAAUUGAAGUAG